CCGCGGGCGUCAGGGAGGAGCUCCGCCAAGAGAUGCGCGCCGCCGCCGUGCGCAGGCUUCAGCAGCGGCCCGGGGGCGUGCAGGACCGCGUCAGGGAGUGGCAGAAGGCCAAUGCCGGCGCAGUCACUGUGAAGGGACCCGCCGCAGCGGCUACCAGGGAUGUUGUUGAGGCAACGCCGACCGAGCCAACCGAGAUACUGGUGGAUGUGGAUGAGGCGAGCGUCACCGAGGAGGACCGCCUGCGGAUUAGGGCGAGGCAGAAGUCGAGGAGCAGGAAGCCGUCCAAGGCCAGAGGAGGGAGCGGGGGUGGCCCCGACGCCAAGGACGAAACCGUCGGUAAUGACGGGGGCGGGGCGGCACAGCAGGAAACUGCAAGCGACCCAAAGUCGGGGACCGCGCCGAAGAAGAGGAUCAUCAGCGACGGACACUGGAUGAAGAAGGGGAAGGGAAGAAGCCCUCCCCGGCCUACAGCUGCCGCAAAACCCAAGGUCGAAGGGAGCCCGAUGCCGAUCCCCAAGGACUUUCUGCUCCGAACGGCCCAGAACCCGUCCGUGAAGAACAAGAUCAAAGAUUGGGCGCUGCGGGUGGAGGUUCCCGAGCCUACCCAGGCUAAGAAGCGCCAAACAAAGUCGGAUGGAGGCUUCACGAUCGAUGACGAUGUUUUAAGCACGGCAGAUUCUUCAGACGUUGGCCGCCCCAGACCGAGGAAGCCAACAGAUGACGGCGUCCGCGUGAGGUUGGCGAGGACACGGAAGCCGAAGUCUGAGACUGACGACGGAAUUCGGAUAAAACCGAUUAGGAAGAAAGAACCUCCCGACGACGGCAUACGAGUUCGACCUCUGGAUACCGCACUUCCGGAUGACGGUAUUCGAGUGCGGCCGGGUCCGCCGACCGCAGACGACGAGGCUACAGAACGGGGGGCUUCAUCUCGACAGGAGUCGGCAGAACGGAGCACGAGGGUGUCCGGUGCAAUGCAGGACCCGCCCCUCAGCGAUAUGAUCGAGGUGAUCGAGGAGCCGGAAUCCGAGGUGUACACCCCAACUAAGAGAAAGGGAUCUGCAAAACGGAAGCCGAGGCGGACUGUCACUCCUACGACGGUGACGCGGACCGAGGAGACCGAGGAUGGCAAGUCAUGGAUGGAGGAAUCUGAUCGUUUCCCCCAUCAUGAAGAUUGGGACGCGGGGUCUGAGAGGCCGUCAAUAGCUCCUGGGGCGAAAUCACUGGCGGACAUACCCGUCGGAUAUUCGGCCUUCAGCGAGCUCGAUCUACCACUCGGCGCAGAUGCAAGGAAUAGUGUCAGGAGGCCGAAGGGCCAACGGAAUCCGAGUUUCAAAGCGGUGCCCAACGUCUUCAAGAAAGUCGUCAGCGAGGGAAAGAAGAUCAUUCAUGACAAGGUUGAUCCGCCGAAACCAGUCUUCAAACAGCCACCAAGCAUAGAGUCGUGGCUGAGCAACACCGUCGACCCCUUUGUUGACUCGAAGCCGAAGAGGGCGUCUGUAGAGAAGGAGUGGGUUCAGGACUCUGGGAGACGAUCAUCCGAAACACGGCCUCAGGGGGAGCCUCAGCUCAAGCCAGCUGAUGAUAAUGUGGACCAAGAGAACGCUGAUCCGAAAGUAGACGACGAGAUCACGCCAAAGAAAAAGACUCCAGGAACUGCGACUGGGACGGGUCUCAAGAGGAGCCGAGCGACUAGGAGCGCGUCCUCCCCUUUAAAGUCUGGGCCGAGGAAGCCUUUCCGGGAGCAGCUGAAAGACGCGUUCCGAGGAGAAUCGGGCGGCCAUAAACUGCCACUUGUGAUGAACCCCAGGUCCCAGGCUGAGCCGGACCAAGGUCAAGACCAAGAUAAAGAUCAAGAUGGCAGCGAUUGGGAUAAUCCCGAGCCAAGACGUCAAUCUUCCGGUUCCAACAAACGGUCUCCUUCACCAGAGCCAUUAUCAACUAUCGAAUCUACCAUUGAUUCAGCACCUUCCACUGCCGACCUGCCUAAGAGAAAACCUCCAACCAGCGGCUUCCACGCGCUUUCUACCAUAUUGUCGGAAGAUUCGAGUAGUACUUAUCGAUCUGACACAGCUUCAACCGUCUCCCAAACAACGGUGACCCAGACGACAACACCCACAGAGUCUACGGGGCUCUCUCGGGAAAAGAGCCGGAAGUCGGGCCUGAAGAGACGCCUCACCAAGCAUUCCGACCUGGUGUCAGUUCUCUCCCUCCCCGAUGGCCAACUGAUAGCUCCGAGUCGGGUCAAGAGUCUCCGAUCGAGCCAUAGCACUCGUAAGAAGACAAGCAAGCCCGACGGUGUCAAUGUCGAGGAUCUGCUGCAGGAGUUUGCAGAUGAUGAGCAUUUCUACCAAAAGGAGCUGAAAACCCUUGUUGACGGUGUUGUCCCUGUUCUGUUGACAAGUGUUGUCCACGGCGACACACCGUCGGCACCCGCCUUUAGUGGAAGAGACACAUUGUCGGCACCCGCCUUUGGGGGACACAUUGCAUCCGCCUUCAGUGGAGAUGCACCGUCUGCACCCGCCUUUGAUAGAGACCUUGCACCCGCCCCUGACAGGGGCCUUGCACCCGCCUUUGGUGGCAGCCUUGCACCCGCCCAAAAGGCCAAAGCCAUGGCCAAAGCAGUCGUGAGCAUGGGGGUAGUUCUCGAGGAGCUCAAAUAUUUUCACAAGCGGGUCCCCCUUUCAGACAUCCACAGUCUGCUCGCCUGGCUCCAGAGUGUCUACCCUCUCUAUGACAACUACCUUGACGUCUGGCGUCUCGGCUUUGAGGGCCUCAUUGUCAACCUUGCUCCCGCCUCUGGAAAGCCUGAUGACGAGGAUUCCCUGGUAAAUGCCAUGCCUCGGAACGAGGAAGGAGACGUCCUCGAUCACAAUGGUGAGCGAGUGGACGUGGCCCAGCUUCUCAAGCGACCUCUUACUCGCAUCAGGUGGUUUGUGAAAUUUCUCAUGGGUGCUCAGCGACUGCUGGGCGUAGAAGAGGCCAAGAUGCUACUCGCAGGCUUCGAAAAGCUUCAAGAAAAGGCGCGUCGACGGCACCGUGAGGAGAAAGCGCGCAAAACGGACGAGGAUGCAAGCAGCACUGAUACCACGAGAACCAGAGACCUUCGGACUCUUGCUGCCAUUGACUCCGUGGUGAUCGACCAGUCUCGACAAGUCAAUGCUAAGGACACCUUUUCGCUUGACUUCAUUCACUCCAGUGGCCAACGGAUCGAAUGCCGGAUUGAUCUCAUCUACAGAGACAAUAUCAAUAUUCCUGCUGAUAAGGGUGAUGUUAUCAUUCGAGAAACUGGACCCUCUAGUCGCUCCUGGCUGCUAUUCCCAGCUAUCCCGAAAGCGCAAAUCUCGGCCCGUACGGGCGACGGUGAUGGCGUUUUGACCGUCAUGGUUCGGGGCAGGCACAACAAGCAAGAAUGGCACGAGCUUAUCAGACUCUCCGCCGACGACAAGGAGCAGGUUGCCGACUGGUUGGAUAUCCUCGGCAGCAACCCAAUGCCUCCACCAUUGCCCACGGAUCUCGCAAACCACGCCGUGCCGUCUUCCAAGGCUGAUGAUGGGGCAAACGACCCGGCUAUAGAAGGGAAGCAUGGUCAGCAAUCACCAGGGUCCCCAGCACCGAAGACUCCAAGUCGGUAUCAUCAGCGAAGCCACAGCAUUCCGAAGACACUGGUAACACCUCCCGCGUCCGAGGAUGACCAAUCCACUUCUCCAAGUAGGACCCCAACCCAGGAGUCGUUCCUGAAAGCUUCGCAGCGUCAUUCUCUACCGAUUCCUCCAUCCGAGGAUCACAGCAAUUUCCUUGGUGACACUCCCAAGAAGUUGACAAAGUCACUACCAAAUAGCACCCCGUAUCGGGAGGAUGGAGCACCUCCGCCUCCAAUUCACCGUACGCUCGGGACCAAGACGAAGACUCCCCCUUCUUUGGCUCCUGUGGAGUUGGGACAUCCGACCCGCAUGAAACGUCGAACAUCUUCGCCCCUGAAGCACGAAUAUCGCCCAUCAGAUAUUUCUUCUGGCAGCUCAGAUUCGAGCGAUGAUUCAGAUUCGCUGACUGAAUCUUCGAGCGACGAGCUCGACGAACUGGACGAGCCGGGCACACCUGCUACCCUAGAUACUCCCCAAAGCAUCAAGACUGACCCGACCCCGAGGGACUCGGUUGUUUCGGACAGCAGUUUGACUCCGUCAAACUCUGCCUCCCAGGCGGUCACCCCAGAGCUCAAGGAUUCGUCUGAAUACGCAGUCAAGUCCCUUGCUUCAGUCUCGUACUGGUCCAACAGGGUCAACAACUGGAAAGACAUUUCCGUCGAUACCUGUUCCAUUGUCGUCAGCCCUGGCCUGGUAGAAGUCUUCCCCCUGAACGCGGCUCAUUCGCCGGUAGGGAAGCCCGAAUCAUCCAGUUCGGCCGAGACCGCAAACGGAGGGGCCGAGGCAGGGACUGUACGGCCCCUUAUUGCGUUGGAGCUCACGCCGCACGCCCGGAUCCGCCUCUCGACCGUGAUCGAUGUCGAGGUCCGUUAUGCCCCUGUGCAGUCCCGUUCGCUCAUCCGAAAGGGAGUUGAUAGCUCCACCUUCCGCUUCCGCACUCCGUCCAAGGUCGAAUCCCGGCAUCUAUUCGACGCGGUGUACCACAGCUGCGAAAACAACUCCAAGUUCCAGCAGCUGCAGGAGGAAGCCCGGAUUAGCUCCUUCGGGCAGCAGCAGCAACAGCAAGACCAAGACCAAGCCGGGGAAGGCAGUGCGGAUGACUCCAGCUCGAAGCGCCGCCGCACCUGGUUCGGGAGGAAGAACAGCUACCGGGCAUCAGCACGGGCGCCGAGCCAGUCGCAGGGAAGCAGUUCCGGCAUGUCGGCGAGCAGCUUCCUCAGGCGCCUCACGGCGGGCGGUAACCUGCCGUUCGACAUCGGCAAGUCGACCCUCGACAAGCAGUCCAGGCCCGGGUCCGUGGCCGGGGUCCCGCCGGCCAGCAUGUACACCAGCAGCGCAGCGUCAUCGGGGAGCCGCAGCGGGUUCACAUUCCCGCGGCUUCCGUCGGUCAGCAUGGCCGAGAGCAACGCCCGCAACCAGCCGCUGGGCACGACGGGCCUCAAGAUCCGGCUGCACCGGCUGGUGAGGCACCACAAGUGGGAGGACCACGGCAACUGCACGCUGGACAUCACGCGGCCGGACCCGGGGACGCCCCAGCAGCUCCGGCCCUAUCAUGGCUGGAGCAAGCGGAUCGUCGUCCGGAGCGUCCCCAAGAAGGCCGGGGAGGAGCCGCUGACGCUCGUGGAUCUGACGGUGGGCAGCUCGUGCUUCAGCACGCUCGGCAACACGGGGGUCGUGGUCAACGUGUGGGAGGAGCUGCGCGACGCCGACGGCAACGUGGGCGCCGUGCCCGCGCAGGGGGGCAUCAGCGGUGGCGUCAGGAGGUGGUGCCUGCAGUGCCCCAACGUCGCGCAGUGGAUGUGGGUCAUGAACCUCGUCACUCAGGAGGGGUUCGCCGAUUGAGAGGGGCGCUGGUGUCUUAACUGGCUGGGCCAAGCUGGGAGACGUCGGGAUUCCCAUUCCUUCUUGCUCCUUUUUUUUCUCCUUCUCUAGUUUCUUUUCCUUACCUUCUGCUUUCUCACUCUGGGGUCACUCUUGUCCCCCGUUGCUCGACAUAAUUCCGUUGCUUCGCAAACGUGGUCGAUGCAUAGAUUCUUUUUCCCUAUGUUUUCCCUUCGCUUUCUUUACAGGGUUGCAUCUAUCGGUAGCAGCAUGGGCGUCUGGCAGGUUAAAAGGAGAGGGGGCCGGCGUGCAUAAUAUCCAAGGGAGACGAUGGAUUUUCUCUACUUGGUAUGGGGUAUAGGUGUUGGAUAUUUGUAAGUUCUAAUCGAUCCUCGAUAGCUGGAAUAAGAUGAAAUGAUAUCA